CUGGAAGUUGACUGUUAGACGUUAUUAAUGAACUUCACGUUGUGAAAACGGCGUCUCUCUCUUUUGGGCAGACAUGGCAGGAGCAGACAUGGACCCUGAGGUGGCUUUAGGAUUAUUUGAAGAAGGGGCGACCUUGGUUCUGCUUGGCGUGCCUGAAGGAACUGAGCUGGGCAUCGACUACAAGAGCUGGCAGGUUGGACCACGUUUCCGUGGGGUCAAAAUGAUUCCCCCGGGGAUUCACUUUCUGUAUUACAGCUCUGUAAGCAGUAGAAGCAGUGGUGGGGAGAUCGGCCCCAGAAAAGGCCUCUUCCUCUCCCUGAAGCCCCGGGAGCUAAUUCUGGCCCACUGGGACAUAAAAGAGGAGGAUCUGGACUUUUCUGCCUCUGAAAAUCUUGAAGAGGUUUCUCGAGUGAAAGCAGGGCUUUGUGAACUGGACUCGUACUUGGGACCUUACCCUUACGAAACGCUGAGGAAGUGGGUGUCCCUGACGGAUAAACUUAACCAGGAGGUGGCCGCUGCCCUACAGCCGCUUAGUGGGCGAGUAUGUGCCUUCAGCGACGUCGUUCCUGAGCUCCAGCUGACGCACACUAAAGACAGGGUAGAGCAGAACCUGCCACGCAAUGACACACAGUGCCAGACCAUGAAAGAGGGGCUGGACAGGCUCCCCCGGAUGAAACAGAGGGAAGGGACUGAGCUCCGUUUCUCACAGAUCCCCAAACAGAUGUAUCCCGUAGGGGCCACGCCAGCUCAGAUCACUCAGUGCAGCAUGGAUCUGAGCUACGCGCUCAGCUGCCUGCUGGAGAACUAUCACAAGGAGCACCCACUCAACGUUCUAGGUGAGCUGCAGUUUGCCUUUGUGUGCUUCCUCAUUGGAAAUGUAUAUGAGGCCUUUGAGCACUGGAAGAGCCUGCUGGCUCUUCUGUGUAAGAGCGAGGAGGCCAUGAAGGAGCGGAAGGAUCUGUACCUGGGGCUCAUCACUGUGCUUUACCACCAGCUGGGAGAGAUCCCGCCAGACUUCUUUGUGGACAUUGUGUCCCAAAACAACUUCCUCACUUCUACUCUGCAGGAUUUUUUCCAGUUUGCCGGCGGGCCUGGUGUUGAUAGCAUCUUUCGCAAAAGAGCAGAGAAAUUUAAAGCACAUCUGACCAAGAAGUUCCGCUGGGAUUUCGAUGCAGACCUGGACGACUGUGCUCCGGUGGUGGUGGAGCUUCCAGAGGGAGUCACACUGGACUGAUAGUGAAUGUUUACCACUACAGGUUCAAUUUUCACAUGGGGGGAGAAAUGUACCAGGAUGGCCUGAGCUGUGCAGUGCAGCCGCUGUGCUGUAGAGCACUACUAUUCCUGUUGAAGCACUUGUCUGUGUUGACCGAGAAAUGGCCUAUUGGCACGACGGAUCACGGUCAGGUUCCAGCAAAGCCUGUACACAUUUUUGUUCCAUGGAGGAAAAGAGACUCUGAACUCUGUGUCUCCUGUCAUUUGUAAAUGAAUAUUAUUCACUUCUCUGUAGAGAGAGCCUCAGACAUGAUGGAUAAUUUGUGCUCAGGCAAUUUCUGCCUGUAAAGCACUAUUUGGGCCGGAUUAGUUUUACAUGGGAAGAUGGUAUUAUGAUGAUUAUCAGUGGUUGUCAUUGAUUUUAGAUCCAUCUAAAUUCUCCAUGUCAGUAAUUUUUAUAGACUGCCCCCAUCCAACACCAAGUUAAAUUUUACCUACUAAAAAUGAUUCAUAGUAAUAACCUCUGGUUAUACAGGGAGAUUCACUUGAAAGAGGCCCCGAAUAUUCUAUAAUAACUCUUGCUAGGAUGAAGCAAUCUGAACCAAACAACAUGCGAUGUGCUCCUCAGUAUAUGGAGCUUCGAACAAGCCAGGAUGCCCCUAAAUCAGAACGAAGAGGUAGUCAGCCGACAGCUGACUGCAAAUCUCUGUUUGUAACUUAUGGGUGUGUACCCCCUCGUGUGUCUGGCAGAAAACUGAUCACUUCCAGCAUCACAUGUAAUGCAUUUGAUAACACAUACGUCAAGGUAUGUAAUCUAUUUUUUGGUUAAGAUUGCCUCAUCCUAACGGGAAUUACAGCAGAAUAUUUGGGGCCUCUUUCGAGUGAAUCUCCCUGUAUUUUACCCAUAGAAGUAAAAUCAGGUUAUAUUAAUCCCAUGAUAUACAACGACCCAGUUAUAAUAACCCACUGCUAAAAAACGACUCAUAGAAAUAACCCCAGGUCAUAUUAAUACCACCUGAAUUGCAGGUAAAUAUUCCAUCAUAUCCUGUGGUAAAGGCUGAUGUGUGCUGUACUCCUUUACAUGUACAACUGUGCUCAUUAAAACAUGUAAAGUGAGAGGAAAAAAAAGUCUGUUUCACUGUCUAUAGAUUCCCUAGCUAAAGUCAACACUAAUGAGUGGGAUAAACAUAACUAUGAUUAAAUUAAAAAUUCUGACACAUUUUCUGCUUGUGAGCUUUUGGAGAAUCGAGUAUGGAGUAACAACUGUGAUUAAAUUGAGUAGCCACUCCCAUCUCUAAUUCCUACCAAUAUUUGUUACCCUGUGCAUAUCAGUCUUAAACAUAACAGGCGUCCUGUGGUUAAAAUUACACCUACUUAUGUAAAACUAGUCCUGUCCAAAAAGUAAUUAAUUCAUGCUGUCUGACUUCAGAGACAGAAGAUGGUGUUAGAUAUAUGCUGUUAAAUCAAUGUAACAUAUUUUGGAUCAUUCCUUUUUUAAUAAAGUUAAUUGGGUGUUAACUUU